UCUCCCUCCCCCCAGCUCUGCUCGUAGUGCUGGGCGGGGAGGAGUCCUGGGCGGAGCAGGAGAAGCCGGGGCUGCCAGCGCCGCCGCCUCUGCAACGGGGACCCAGGAGUCGAGCCCAGGACGGGGGGUCCCUUGUGCCCGCAGCGUCCAUCGGCAGUGCGGAGCCGAGGUGGAGCUGGAGCCUUGGCCGCGGGGCUGGCCCCUCCCUGCCCGGUGCGGGGGGUAGCACCGGGAUGAAGAGACGCACCGCCACCUGCUGGACUCUCCUCCUGCUGGCUGCCUUCUUCUGCGACAGCGUCACCUGCAAGGGUGGGCGGGGCGGAGCGCGGGGGGCGGCCCGUGGCCGGGGCAUGGCCCGCAGCCGGGCCAAGGCUGCCCCUCGCUACGGCUCCUCGGGAGCGGGGCUGCGGGUGGCGGCAGCGGCGGCGGCGGGUGCGGCGGCAGGCGUGGCGGCAGGAGCGGCCCACAGGAGGAUGAGGAUCUCCGGAGAGUUUGGUCCAGAUGACGGCUCUGAGUUCCAGGAAGGCAACAGGACGGGCAGCAGCGUGUACAGCUACCGGUCGUGGACCUCGGCUGCCCGGGCCCAGGACACGGCGCACCUUGCCAUCUCCCUCUGCCUGGUGACUGGCUUCUUCCAGCUCCUUCCCCUGUAAGGGCCCACGGCGCCCGACCCACCCUCCGUGUGUCGGAGCCUGCAGAGCGCCACCUGCUGGGCCCGGGCAGCACCAGCCCCAUCCAGCUGCAUCUGCCCCAGCCCCCUGCAGGCCAAGUGGCUCUCCUGCCUGCCGCGGGGCUGGAGCAGCCUGCACUGCCCAACGGGCUGGAGCUGGAGCAGCAGCCAGCGAGGCAACUGGGGCAGUGCCUCAGGGCCUGAUCCCACUGGGGCUUUGCUCUUGGCUGUGGUGAGGGCAGGUGGUGCAGCCCGAGGCCCCCAGCAGGGGCACCUGGAGCAGCUGCUGUGGGUGGUGUGAGGUUGCCGGGCACUGCCAUCACUGCAGCUUGUGACGUCCCCACUCAUGCUGAUUGACAUGGACAUUUCCCAAAGCACUGGCCCUGUCAGCCAGUGCCACGAGGGGCAGAGUCUUGGCCCACAGGGUGGGGUGGGGCCAGACCCGCAGGAUAAGGCAGAGCAUGAGGGGCGGAGCCUGGGUCAACAGGCUGGGGUAGGGCCAUGGGUGCCAGUUCCCUGCCUUGGGGCCCCACUCUCCUGCCGAACUGGGGUAACAUGGAAGGGAGGCCGGAGCGGCCCUGUGUGUCCUGCGGGGGCUGUGGUGAAGGCCAGCUGGGGUGGAGCUGCAUGGUGAGGGAAGCAGCUCCACUCUGAUAUCAGUGCCAAUGUGGAGCAGGAUCUCCUGGGGGAGGGGGAGGAAGGGGUGUGGGAAUCUGGGACUCUGGGCCAGCCUGUCCAAGCAUGUGGGGGGUCGGAGCUGGGUGUGAUGCGGGAGUCCACCUCCUCCUGGCUUGAACCCCAGCCGCUGGCACUGACUCAGGCUGGUGAGGAUGGUGCCAGUUGAUUCCACAGAUGGAGGCAACGAUUAGAGCCAGCUGCUCCCAAACCGGAAAUGAGUCCCCUGGCUCCUUUAUGCCCAAGGGCCCUCCUUGCCCAGCCGCCGCUUCCUCAGCACUCCCAGAACACCCCCGCCCUCCCCAGACUGCCGGACACUGGCUGAAGGGGUCUGAGCCCCACUGAUCUCAGCAGCGCCCACCAGGAUGGACUGGCUCCUGUGAACUCACUGCCCAAAUGGGGCCCGUCGAGCCAGGCUGCUCGGGGAGAAGCCUGAACAGCACUACCAGCCGUAGCCCUGCCUUGGGAGCUGCUCAGCUGCAGGUUGCCCUGACUUACACCCUGGCUGAGCUGUGCAGCCAUGCAGAGCUGUACCGUGUUUCUGGCCCAGCCGAGCCACCUCCCAGCAAAUACUCCAGCUGCUUUGGAUAGGGCUGUGGAGCGGGUGCCCAUUGCGGUGCAGUGCCACCAUGGGGAAGGGUGGGCUCAGGUUUGCACAUACAGCAGAAGGUCAGUCUCUUGGUUUUGCAUGAAAACCACAGUGCCUCAGCCCCAAAACCUCUGUGCCUAAUCACAGCACAGCACGGGCACAUCGGAGGUGUUCCAGGAAAAUCGAUCCGUUGGCGUUCCAACUGCUGAUCGGUCAGAAAUUGGCCCCAGAAUGAGUUCCCACUCUGAAUGCCCUGAUUUUGCAGGCCCCUCUAGUUUGAGAACGACACAGUGUAGGAAGUCCAGAAGGCGGGUGGCAGAGCGAUCAGGCAGAGGGAGGGGAGCGGUCUUUGCGCUCAGCCUUCACUUGUUAAUUUACAAAAGGGGAUUAGAGGGUUGGGUCACAGUGGUUGAUUUGUCUUGUCCCGGUUAUCCGGAGGGG